AUGCAACGGUGGUCAAGUUGUUGCCACGCUGUUCACACCGCUACAAAGUCAACAGCAAUACGAACACGCUUCCUCCAUUAUCAACAACGACGGCUCCUCUCCUCAACACUCGCAUCGCGACAACAUGACAAUCAACAACGAGAAAACGACCUCAUUUCACGCACCAACAUUUUGGCUCCUUUCUUCACUGGGGGCGAACGUGAGAUCAACUACGAGAAGCAUCGCCAUUAUCCUGUAAAGACGGCAGAGCAAACAGCAUCCCUCAAAACACCACCGACAUGUGCGCGUAUGCUUGCACGCGAUUAUAUUGACGACUCGCUGUACAAUCCCAACUAUGGCUACUUUUCCAAGCAAGCUGUUAUUUUCUCGCCCGAGGUGGACAUUGACUUUACGGAGCUACGCGACAAUCUCGAGUUUCAAAAGCUAUUGGCCAACAUGUAUAGAGAGAUUGAAGGCGAAGUGGAUGAAGUGGAUGAAGUUGCUCGGCAGGUCUGGCACACACCUACUGAAUUGUUCAAGCCCUGGUAUGGUUAUGCAAUUGCAAAGUAUAUGGUGUCAGAAUACAAGUUGAACCUGUACCCCCACAAGGACCUUAUCAUUUACGAGAUGGGUGCAGGCAAUGGUACCUUGAUGAUGAACAUCCUCGACUAUAUCCAAAAGUAUGAACCAUCGGUCUAUAAACGCACGCAAUACAACAUUAUUGAGAUCUCGGGCAAGCUUGCUGAACGACAAUCAGAACGACAAGAAGUGAGAGAUGUCACCGAACAGCAUACCAACGUUAAGAUUAUCAACAAAAGCAUCUUUGAUUGGGAUAUCCACGUGCCUGAUGAAUGUUUCUUUUUGGGAAUGGAAGUCAUUGACAACUUUGCACAUGACGUGAUCCGAUAUGAUCUUGAGACGUUACAACCUUAUCAAGGACUUGUCAGCAUUGAUGAAAAUGGCGAUUAUACCGAAUUGUAUGAACCUGUUGGCAACGAUGCACUGAUAUCACGUUAUUUGGCUAUGCGGAAACAAGCACGCUAUCGUAGUCCCAUCUUGGCACGACGUGUUUGGCACAAGCUUCUCAAGAUGAUGCCUGUGGCACCCAAUUUGACAGCUCCUGAAUACAUUCCCACCAAAUUGUUCAUGUUUCUGGAAACACUCAAGCAUCAUUUCCCUCGACAUCGACUGGUGCUCUCUGAUUUCUCACAAUUGCCUGAUGCCGUUGAAGGCGUGGAUGGACCUGUGGUACAAACGAGAUACAAAGGCACCAUGGUUCCUUGUUCUACGUAUAUGGUUCAGCCUGGCUGGUUCGAUAUCUUCUUCCCAACCAACUUUGAAUUACUCCGGGACAUGUAUCUUCUCGUAUGUCGUGGCGCUCGUGCUGGCAAUGAUAAGGCCGUCAAGGUGCUCACCCAUCGUGAAUUCUGUGAACGAUACGGUGACAUUGAGAGGACAACGACUCGUAGUGGAGACAACCCCAUGCUCACUUAUUAUGAAAAUAUGAAGUUUUUGAUUACAUAA